AUACGUGCGCCGCGUUCGGUUUGCGACCAUAACAACGCCUGAUAACCCUCACUUUUUUUUCGAUAUUUUUAAAUAAAGGGAUAUUAAUUUCAGAAUCUGUUCGCACUUCCCUGAAGCUCCUGCACACAACACCCUUCAGACCGACACACGAGCUUUUAAACAUCCCACUUACACGAAUAUAUCCAAUCUGCCAAGAAUUCAAGCUCUGGAUGUCGAUGUUGGACUCUUUCUAAAGACACAAACAGCGGUGCGAGGACCCCGGGAGGAAUGGGGUAGAGAUUGCGAUGAGGGUCCCGGCACCAAACAGCUCUGAUCAGGCAGAAUCGGGCUCAGGUAAGAUGCCUGAGAAUGGACGCUCAAGGAGGAAACGCGUGCCAAAGACGUGCGACUGCUGCGGGCCCAACGGAAAGCCCCACAUGCCUGGACACGAGCAGGUUUCGAAGAAACGAGGCCGCAAGAAGAAGGAGAUGGUGAGCCAGGGAGAAGUGGCCGCGGAGGAGGAGGUGGUCUGGAGCACGUCCGGAGUCCUCACGCUGGAAGCCGACGCUGUGACUGCUGAGAUGGAGGAGACGCCAGAUGCCAGAGGAAAAGCAGACUUCAUCCAGUCUGAGAGUGUGAGUGACAGCACUGUGAUGGUGAACGGUUUGGAGAACAGCGCUCAUGAUAACUGUACUGAUCCCGCCAAAGAGAACAGCCAUCCAGUCCAGGCUGCUUCUGCUCUACUCAAUGACCUAAUGAAGAAACCCUCUGAUUCUGCCUCGGUGGCUGCAGAGCCGGACGCUUCUCCUCAUAGUAAUGCGAUGGAGACUGAACCGUCCAGCUUGUGUGUUCGUGUAGACAAGGCCUCCUGGGACCAUCACUACUGCAAAUCCAACCCUGCGGAGAACAGAAGCGACUCUGCAGAGGCGUCAGGACCACCGCCUGCUGAGUUUACAAGCGAGGGCAUCAUCGACUGCAUUCACGAAUUCCUCGAGCAGUUUUACGGGAAAUACGGAAGCUUCACUCCUCUGUGUGAAACCGAUGUCCUCGAUCAUCUGAAUAAGAUCUUCCAGGCUGAUUUAAAUGACAGGAUGAAGCUGAUAACAGCAGAAGUGGCCAAGUACAGGGCAGGUCUGGCCUGUGCUCCUAUGCAUUUACAAGUGACCUACAACAAGCACACUUUGUCCUUAGAAGACCUUUCCACGCUUGAUGACCAAAACUGGGUCAACGAUCAGGUGAUUAACAUGUAUGGAGAAUUGAUCAUGGAGGCUACAAACCACACGGUUCAUUUCUUCAACAGUUUUUUUUACCGACAGUUCGUAGCAAAAGGCUAUGAAGGAGUGAGGCGGUGGACCAAAAAGGUUGAUCUGUUUUCGAAGACACUGAUUCUGAUUCCUCUUCAUCUGGAGAUCCACUGGUCGCUCAUCACUGUGGACGUUUCCAAGCAGAACAUCAACUUCUACGACUCCCAGGGCAUCCUGUUCAAGUUCGCUCUGGACAACGUCAUGAAAUACAUCAUGGAGGAAGCAAAAGAGAAGAAACAACCGCUCUUUCAGAAGGGCUGGAAGAUGCUCAUCAACAAGACCAUUCCACAGCAGAAGAAUGACAAUGACUGUGGAGCUUUUGUUUUGGAGUACUGUAAGUGCCUGGCCUUCAUGAAGCCGCUGUCGUUCACUCAAGAGGACAUGCCUCGAGUCCGCAAGAGGAUCUACAGAGAGCUGUGUGACUGCAGACUGUCCCACAGCCCAGACCAGGUCAAAGCCUCAUAGAUUCCGGACCCUCAGCACAGCAUGGCCGGUUUGGACUUGACAACGAAAAAACCCAAAGUUUUGCUCAGGCAGAGCUGGACAUUGUCAACACGCGAGCCUGUCCACACAUUCCCGAUGGCUGAGGCAGGAUUUUUCAGGUUGCUUUUACCUCUUCGCUCGACAUCGGCGGUCAAAUAAGCCUUCCUCCCGGCCUCACAAACCCAGAACUCAACAAAGACGUUUCUCAGAGAGCUGUUCUGAAACUGACGUGAGCCCUGGAGGAGUUUAUGGUUUACCGGCUCCCACGCUGAUUCCAAACCUCACAACCACGCGGAUCUGUGCUUCUAACGCAUUUCAGUUCGUUCCUUUGCGUGUUUCAGUCAGGUUUUGCUUUGCAGUAUGACACUUGAAGGACUUCCACAGUCUCUAAAUGCCACACGUUGAGGUCCAGCAGCAUUUAUAAAGGCUGAAUGUACUGUUGAACAGGUUCUGCUGGCUCACCUGAAAGCAGAUUUCCUGGACCAGGUUUCCAAGCUGAAACAAAUCCACAGGAUUGACUCUUGACAUCAGGCUGCUUUCUGUAAAGCGCUGACAUUACUCUGUGAACUGCUGUCCUCUCACUUCUGAGCACUUUCCGUUGUUUUCUUCAGAUGCGUUAGCGGUUGUGUAGCAUGUAGAUUGGUCAUUCCUGAAGUCAGCUACAGGUCAUUUUAAGAUGAGCACAGUUGGUUUGGAGCUGCAGGUUUCUGUCUUUUAUUUAUGUUUUUUAUAAUGAAAUCGAUCUGAAGGCAAGUCAGCCUGCCGCUCUGUCAUCACGUAAAACAAACGCUGAAGGCCAAACGCAGGUCAGUGUUGACUGUUGAGUCCUCCUCAUUAUUAUUAUCACGGCCACCGUCUCCAUUCUGUGUGUGGGCAGCGUUUGUUUUUAACACACUUGUGAUGCCGUUUGCUACAGAGAUAUGUCAGGAUGGUGAUUUUAUACUUUUGUCAGUGAUCCACCGUUCCAGAGCGAUACCUAACUUUGGUUACUUGAAAAACCAACAAAUCAUAACCUCAGACUGCGUCUCUGACUACUGCGUUCAUCGUUAUUUAAAUAAUACAACACAAAUCAUGUUGAUC